GGCAGCAUUUUCAGGCAGGAAAUUUAAAACAUGGUAAAGCUGAAGCUGCCCAAUCCUGGCCUGGAGGACAGGAUACCUUCCCAUGCUGAACUUGAGGUCCUUGAGAAAGAAGAGGCAGACUCCAGACCAAAAUGGGACAACAAGGCACAGUAUAUGCUGACGUGUGUAGGGUUUUGUGUGGGCUUAGGAAAUGUCUGGAGGUUCCCGUAUCUCUGUCAGAGCCAUGGAGGAGGGGCCUUCAUGAUCCCUUUCCUGAUUUUGCUAGUCCUGGAGGGCAUCCCCCUGCUUCAUCUUGAGUUUGCCAUUGGUCAAAGGCUGAGGAAAGGCAGUGUGGGUGUAUGGAGUUCUAUCCACCCUACCCUGAAAGGGGUUGGCAUAGCAUCAAUGUUUGUGUCUUUCCUGGUGGGCUUAUAUUAUAAUACUAUUAUUGCCUGGGUGAUGUGGUAUUUCUUCAACUCCUUCCAAGAACCCCUGCCAUGGAAUAACUGUCCUCUCAAUGACAACAGAACAGAUUAUGUAGAAGAAUGUUCCAAGAGCUCUCCUGUAGAUUACUUCUGGUACAGAGAGACACUGAACAUCUCCACCUCCAUUGACGAUUCUGGCAGUAUCCAGUGGUGGCUAUUGCUGUGUUUAACCUGUGCAUGGGGUGUGCUGUACGUGUGCACAAUCAGAGGCAUUGAAACAACAGGAAAGGCUGUGUAUGUGACAUCAACUCUCCCGUACUUGGUGCUUACCAUUUUCCUGAUCCGCGGCUUGACGCUGAAAGGAUCAACCAACGGAAUUGUGUAUCUCUUUACCCCUAAUGUUAGUGAGCUGGCGAACCCAGUGACGUGGCUGGAUGCAGGAGCUCAGGUGUUUUACUCCUUCUCCCUGGCUUUUGGAGGCCUCAUUUCAUUCUCCAGUUACAACUCUGUUCACAACAACUGUGAGAAAGAUGCUUUGAUCGUUUCAGUGAUCAAUGGUUUCACAUCCAUCUAUGCCGCCACCGUCAUAUACUCCAUCAUUGGAUUCAGAGCCACAGCAAGAUAUGAUGACUGCUUUGACAAAAAUAUUCUUACUCUGAUGAAUGCAUUCGAUUUGCCAGAAGGUAACGUAACCCAGGAUAACUUUGAACAAAUGCAGCAGCUGUGCAACAGGACUGAUCCAGUAACUUUUGCAACCCUCAAGUUUGAAACCUGUGAUCUGGAAACUUUCCUGAAUGAUGGAGCUGAAGGAACUGGCCUAGCCUUUAUUGUCUUCACUGAAGCUAUCACCAAAAUGCCCGUCUCACCUUUGUGGUCCAUUCUCUUCUUCAUCAUGCUCUUCUGCUUGGGUUUGUCAUCUAUGUUUGGAAAUAUGGAAGGGGUGCUUGUACCUUUACAAGAUCUCAAGAUUAUACCCCCCAGAGUGCCUAAAGAACUUAUAACUGGUCUCAUUUGUUUGGUGUGUUAUUUGAUAGCUUUCAUUUUUGUGCUGAAUUCUGGUAAUUACUGGCUGAGUCUAUUUGAUGGUUAUGCUGGCUCUAUUCCCCUGCUGAUAAUUGCAUUUUGUGAGAUGUUUUCAGUCGUCUACAUUUAUGGAAUAGACAGGUUUAACAAGGAUAUUGAGUUCAUGAUUGGACACAAGCCCAACAUUUUCUGGCAGGUUACCUGGAGACUCAUCAGUCCCCUCAUUAUGUUAGUUAUCUUUAUCUUUUAUUUUGUGGUGAAAGUCAACCAAGAACUGCUCUACAGUGUUUGGGACCCUAGCUAUGAGGAGUUCCCCAAAACAGAGAAGACUGAAUAUCCCUCCUGGGUGUAUGCUAUUAUUGUAAUCCUCGCUGGAGUGCCCAGUUUGACCAUCCCUACCUUUGCCAUCUACAAAGCCAUCAGGAACCGCUGUCAGAAAAAAAAUGAUCAUGCUGGCCUUAUUGCUACAUCUGAGACUUCCAUUAAUGGGAACUUAAAGUAUUCAUCAUAAAACCAUUUUUUUUCAAAUGUGGAAGGAUGCC